AUGUUCUUCCUUUCUUCUCCAACGCCGCCGCCACCAUCCAGUCCGUUUGAGGUCCUUGCCUCGACGACGUCUCAACAGUCCUCCCGCCGCGCGAGUUUCUCAAAAUCUCAUAACCACGAUAAUAGUACCUACGGGCGGGCGCACGCCAGGGCGUUCUACGAUUACGCUCCGCAUUCUCCCUCGCCGCUGCGGACGACGAGGAAUGCGAAUUUGAUGUCUUCCCCGCCGCAGCUUAAGGGUGGUUAUGGUCAUACGAGUAGCCUGCUGAGUUCGUCGCCUUUGAGGAGUGGGUUUUUAGAGAACCAAGAUGAGAACAAGAGGAUGGAGAGUAGCGAGAAUGAAGAGGAAGAGAAUUAUGUCUCGACACCCUCAGGGAAGACGAAUUUCGGAUCACAUGGAUGUAAUGAUAGACAUCCAUCGCUGAUCACGCCGCCUGAUUCAGGCUCGAACCACCACAACUUCAACUCGACGAUCGGUUCGCACGAACAAUGGAUUACCAAGACCUCUAUAUCAAUCCCGUCGUCUGCGAAUCCCACGCGCUUGACCACCAUCUCUACGACGACGUCGAGUCAUCAGAAUCCGCCAUCGCAGUGGGAACUGCGGUCUCGCUCCUCGAGCCCCUCAUCUCUCCUAACCAGCCAAACCAACAGAAAUCGAGAGCAAAGGCGCUCAAAAUUCCUAGAUCGCAUCCGACGGAGGAGGGACGAUGAGAGAUCCGAACAGGUUGGGGAGCAGGUCUUGAGAAUGGAUUUUGUCAAGGAGAGGAGGGGUUGGGAGAUGGAGAUGGCGCGCAGGGCGGCAAUGGAGGCCUCGCAGCAGGAAGAAAUUGAGAGUGAUGAUGAUGACGACGAGUACAAAGAAGAUGAAGAGGAGCUGAGCCCGACGCAAGAAUACGAGGAAGAUGUCGAGGUUGAUGAAUUGGUGAGAGAAUAUGAGCGGGAGAAUUUGCGAGUGAUGAGGGAUGAUGAAUUCGUGGUCGAAGACGCCGAGGAUGAAGAGUAUGAGCGGCUGUUUAGAGAGAUGGAGAUCCUUUCACAGCACUCUCAAUCUCAAUCUCAGUCGCAAGACCCGCCACCGCCGGCGCCUCAACCGCAACAACACGAAUACGAACUCGCGCAUCGACCGGGCACGCAUACGAAACAGGCGGCUUUUCCCCGCGAGCCUCCUCCUUCACUCCCGCUCCAGCUCCCGCAGCAUGGGGCAACAGCUGCAAUUAAUGAUGAGACGAUGGAUUUGUCUUGA